AUGGGCAUAGUGUCCCCACAUCCAGUGUCCCCACAUCCAGUGUCCCCAUAUCCACUCUUCCCACAUCCACUGUCCCCUACAUCCAGUGUCCCCACAUCUAGUAUCCCCAUGAGCACAGUGUCCCCCAAAUUCAGGUUCCCACAUCCAUUCUCCCUAUAUCCAGUGCCCCCCACACCCAGUGCUCCCCACAUCCAGUGUCCCCCAUAUCCAGUGUUCCUCACAUCCAGUGUCCUCACAUCCAGUGUCCCCACAUCCAGUGUCCCCACAUCCAGUUUCCCCCACAUCCAGUUUCCCCCACAUCCAGUGUCCUCCAUAUCCAGUGUCCCCACAUCCAGUGUUCCUCACAUCCAGUGUUCCCACAUCCAGUGUCCCCCACAUCCAGUGUCCCUCAUAUCCAGUGUCCUCACAUCCAGUGUCCCCACAUCCAGUGUCCCCCACAUCCAGUGUCCCCCAUAUCCAGUGUUCCCACAUCCAAUUUCCUCACAUCCAGUGUCCCCACAUCCAGUGUCCCCCACAUCCAGUGUCCUCACAUCCAGUGUCCCCACAUCCAGUGUCCCCACAUCCAGUGUCCCCCACAUCCAGUGUCCCCCAUAUCCAGUGUUCCUCACAUCCAAUGUCCUCACAUCCAGUGUCCCCACAUCCAGUGUCCCCCAUAUCCAGUGUCCCCACAUUCAGUGUCCCCCAUAUCCAUGUCCCCGCAUCCAGUGUCCCCACAUCCAGUGUCCCCACAUCCAGUGUCCCCGCAUCCAGUGUCCCCCACAUCCAGUGUCCCCCAUAUCCAGUGUCCCCACAUUCAGUGUCCCCCAUAUCCAGUGUCCCCACAUCCAGUGUCCCCACAUCCAGUUUCCUCACAUCCAGUGUCCCCACAUCCAGUGUCCCCGCAUCCAGUGUCCCCGCAUCCAGUGUCCCCCACAUAGUGUCCCCACAUCCAGUGUCCCCCAAAUCCAAUGUCCCCCAAAUCCAGUGUCCCCGCAUCCAGUGUCCCCGCAUCCAGUGUCCCCCAAAUCCAGUGACCCCGCAUCCAGUGUCCCCGCAUCCAGUGUCCCCACAUCCAGUGUCCCCACAUCCAGUGUCCCUGCAUCCAGUGUCCCCCACAUCCAGUGUCCCCCACAUCCAGUGUCCCCCAUAUCCAGUGUCCCCACAUUCAGUGUCCCCCAUAUCCAGUGUCCCCACAUCCAGUGUCCCCACAUCCAGUGUCCCCACAUCCAGUGUCCCCGCAUCCAGUGUCCCCCACAUAGUGUCCCCACAUCCAGUGUCCCCCAAAUCCAGUGUCCCCCAAAUCCAGUGUCCCCGCAUCCAGUGUCCCCGCAUCCAGUGUCCCCCAAAUCCAGUGAUCCCGCAUCCAGUGUCCCCGCAUCCAGUGUCCCCACAUCCAGUGUCCCCACAUCCAGUGUCCCCGCAUCCAGUGUCCCCCACAUCCAGUGUCCCCACAUCCAGUGUCCCCACAUCCAGUGUCCCCGCAUUCAAUAUUCCCAUGUUCUUUGUGCCCCCCCCCAAAGUUCACAGUGUUGA